UCACCACACGACUAAAUUAGACCAAAGAUGAUGAGAGCACAAAGCAUUAUAAUUCUGCCGGGCUCCUCCUCCUUCCAGCCAUGCGUCCUAAUUAAUGGGACACCCCCAGUCGCAAAAAGCUCCGCACUGGACUGCAACAUAGUCAAAGAGUGAAAGGGAAGAGGGCGAAAGUGCCACUGGAGAUAAUUGAUUACCUACCAAUCAAUGAUAACUUGUUAGUAAUCGUCAACUCUUUGGACCUCGCCAUUUUCAGGGAGGCAUCUCACUCCUGCGGACUUGCUGCUCCUGAGGAUCGACAGUUUGAAGAUAUCCCAUUUUGGAAUAACAUUUUCCCUUUCUUCGUUCUAUCCUCGGUAGCUUUGUCUUUUUUUACCUCCUAACUGUUAUGUGACUCCCCCCCCUCCCCCCCCUCUCUCAUUUUUAACCGCCGAGUAUUUCAACGAAGUCUUGUAAAAACUCUGCGCACACCCAAUGAUGACAUCCAAAGAAGUGGCCAAAUGUGAUGCAGCGGAAAACAGGAGGCGAAGUCCGCUGGACCACUUGCCGCCUCCCGCCAACUCCAACAAGCCGCUGACCCCCUUCAGCAUCGAGGACAUCCUCAACAAGCCGUCCGUGAAGCGAAGUUACACGAUUUGCGGCACGGCGCACCUAAUUUCGUCCUCCGAGAAGCACCGUCCGUCCAGCAUCCCUCUGUCCAGCCGGGCGCUCCUCACGCAGACCUCGCCGCUCUGCGCGCUCGAGGAGCUGGCGAGCAAGACCUUCAAAGGGCUGGAAGUCAGCGUGUUACAGGCUGCGGAAGGACGCGACGGCAUGACUCUGUUCGGCCAGAGAACCACCCCGAAGAAGCGUCGGAAGUCGCGGACGGCGUUCACCAAUCACCAGAUCUACGAGCUGGAGAAGCGCUUCUUGUACCAGAAGUACCUGUCCCCGGCCGACCGGGAUCAGAUCGCGCAGCAGCUGGGCCUGACGAACGCGCAGGUCAUCACGUGGUUUCAGAACCGGAGAGCCAAGCUAAAACGGGACCUGGAGGAAAUGAAGGCCGACGUGGAGUCGGCCAAGGCCGUCGGCCAGGUCCCCUUGGACAAGCUCGCCAAGCUGGCGGACCUGGAGAAAUGCGCCAACGGCACGCUGGGCCACCCGCGGCCCGAGUCCCCGUCGCGGGGCGGCCCGCAGGAGCACGAGCUCGCCCAGAAACUGCGGACGUCGCCGCUGUCGCCGUUCUCAGACCACACAACUAGUAAAGAGUGCUCAGAGGACGAGGACGUGGAGAUUGAUGUGGAUGACUGAUGGCGCAGCGUGGGGCCGAGAGGUCGACUAACACAAAAAGACUAUAAAAAAAACCCUCCCGAGGACUUGUAACUUACUGCUUAUAUUGUAUACCAUAUCAGAACAUGUACCAAAAUGUAAUGUCUUUUAUAUCGACACAAAUAGACCUAUUCAUAGUGAAGCAUGAACACAGAUCAAGAAAUAUGCAGUGGAAUUUUACAAUAUAUUCAUUAGUAAACCGUUCCUACUUGCAAUCAAAGCAAUAUGGUCUAAUAUGACACAAUUAUUAUUAUUUUUUUACACUGUAGGCCAAUACACAGACACAGUCGCGAAAUUACGACGCCUCACACACACACACACACACACACACACACACACACACACACACCUGUUUCGUCGCCCUUGCUAUAGGCCCAUACCCUCACACACCACAAUGAAAGUGCUCCAGUUUUCCAUAUUUGUUGCAUGUAAAUGCAUGAUUUGAUUUGUGACCAUUAUCUAUUUAUUUUUACCUUAUUAUUAUUUUUUUUUUAUUUAAAUGCUUUCGUGUUUUCUGUGAGCCAAAGCGCCGUAGAGUCGCGCUGUUACCGCCGCCUUCACCCUCGCUGUCGUCUGACCGCCGCCCGUUUGACGUCGGUUCAAACGUGGCGUCCCGAUGCUGCGGUGCACGAUGACGACGAUGCUGGUGGUCGCUUUGGUGGGACCGCUCGGCCGAUAGCGGGGCGCAACACUUAACAUUGUGGCGAUUUCGACGAGCUAUACGCAGCAUUUUAGAGUUAUUGUUUUGCUACGAUAGAUUUACAGCGAUAAACCUGUUAUGUUUUGUACACCUGUAAGUGCCUUUCUAAAAUCAGGACAUCAUUUGAAAACCAAUGCACAGACUGUAAUGUAUAUAGGCUACUAUGGGAAUAAAAUGGCUUUUCUGAAUAUCUCUUUAUGUUGUAAUUCUUGAAUUAAUAUCGGGUUUUUUGUUAUGGAUAUCACAGUCUGGGCUUUUUUCUACUGAAGAGAAAAAUCAUUUUAGAAACUGGCUUUCUUCGCCAGAUUUGAGUGUGUAAGCCUAUCAAAAGCGGCCUAUUUAGACGUAUUAUACUGCACUAUUUUGUCCCUUUGUGUCCUUUUCUACUAUAAUGUUCUAAACAUUUGUGGUCCGGAAUCUCACAUCCCCUUUCACGUCCUAAAUGCGUAUCGUGGCUUCUUGACCCUUAGACGUGUUUCUCCAUUCGUGGCAAAAAUUUAUGUGAGAAACACAAAUCUGGUGUCGGGGGGCAAAAAGACGAGGAUGCAACAAAAACACAAAGUUUUGGGCCAGUUUCUCCGGGCCUUUAUAGACCUUUUUUUGUUCUGCGGGACUGGGCCGUAAUUUUGUGCGUAAAGCAUGAAAAGUGGGGACAAAUGAGCAGCGUUCCCUGAUGGGACGAGCCACAAAAGAGCAGGGCCGGUCCCCCGCAGGCAGCAAUACUGAGACAAGUGUGUCCCACCGCACAAAAAGGACGCAAACGUUUGGAGGCCAUAUGGUUUUUGAAAUUUCCUCACAAUUUCAGACAAUUUGAUGGAUUGAGUUAACCCUCCUUUUAAACAGUUUAACUGGGUGCGAACAAAGGCCAUAAUGCCUACAUAGACUCUCCCUUCACGAGGGCAUCUGCGGCUAUUAAUGUCUAGGCCUUUUCUUUGCCUGGCGUUUUGAACAAGUCAAUGAAUUACAAUGAAACUGCCCCUUUUUUGUGAGCCGCUUGUCUUUCUCCGCUUUUUAGCGCUGGAAUAAUAUGUUUGACUUCUGUCCAAGAACGUUUUCUAAGCAAGAAAUGGAUUUUGUUGAAAGUGUUUUUAAUGUUAAGUAGGGAGCCAUAAAGAGUUCAGACAUUUAUGCCAAAGUCUGGUUAGGGAGUCCUUUUGUUUGUUUUCUUCUCAUCUCCUUUUUCUUCUUGUGCCUCUUUAUUUCUUUUGUCUUUAAGAAGUUUAAUGAAGCUGAAAACAUGGUUAUGUGAGAAAGAGAGUGUCCAGAAGUGAAACUCAAAAGGCUACCUCCCGUUUAACCCUCUUUGUUAAAGUAAAUGAUAAGUAGACAUGUCUUCUUGUGAGCUGUUUUAUAGUGUUUACUUUCUUGUUUUUUUUUUUUUUACUUUUUAACUUUUUUAUUCAAGACGACCUGAAUGCGUUUAUAGGCCUGUAAGUACUUAAUAUGACUGAAGCUCUUGUACUCACUUUGUAGACAAAUUAGUCAAAGUAAAAACAACAACAAUUUAUUUUAACAUUUAAGAAGUGGUUUAAAACACUAUGAAAAUAUCAGCAUCUACAUGAUAUGUGUUUGUAACAGCUGCCACAGUAUAAUCUCUUCUGUGAAGCCAGAGGAGGUUGAAGUAGCCAAAUGAAUGACAAUGUACAACAACUAAUUAAAUAAAAUCUUUCUUUGUAGAAACAGUAGCAGUGACAAAUUGUGCACUUAUAACUGUAUUAUAGUGAAUUACUAACUGUUUGUUUGGAUUUUAAACACCACUUAUAAAUAAAUUAUAAUUCAUUACUUGUUUCAUAAACUGAAAAAAAAACUUUGAUUUUGAUGACACAACACAAAAAUCAAUUUAAUUCAAUUCAAUUGAAUUCAAUUGACAGCAUAAACAUAUUGGUUUCAGACUUAUACUUGGUCUUGUGUUCAUAUUGUGUGUGUGUCCUCUGCACCUAUUCUGAAUCAAGCAUAUUUAUGAAGGGAGAGAGUGUUAAGGCAGGCUAAGUUUAUGGAUUUCUCUUGCUUAUUUUAUGAGAGCUUGUCAGACGGGCCCAGCGAUAAGUAAUACUACAGGCUGAGGGACCACUUCGUGGUAAUUAAUCUGGAGGUCUUAAGUGUAUUUCAGGAUUUCACUUGAAGAUGGAAAAAAUCACUAUUUCAAUCGUCCGGAAAAUUGAAGUUUGAUGCAUGAGUCCCUACUGAAACAAUAGUACAGCCCUCUCUCUUUUCAUCACUUUACAUCCCCUCCCCUUUUACGCUCCAUCUAUCUCUCUCUCUCUUUCUCUCUCUCUCUCUCUCUCUCAAUUGUUCUGUCUUUCUCUUUUUAUUUGCACCCAGAAAAACAGUGUCAGGUGCAAAGUGUAAGUUCAUGUCUGAGACACUGGUCUAACGACAACAUUCAAAUGAAUUGAAUGUUUCCAAUGUGUCUUCAGUAAAUACAACAAUUAUAUAAAGUAACAUAUAUCUACAGGCCUACAGUAUUAUCUCAGUUUAUUAUUAUUAUUAUUAUCAGUGAAGACGUAUAAAAAGGAGAUCUUUAAAUGACGGUAUAUUUGCCUGGAGUUAAAUCACUCCAUAUAUCUAAAUAGAGCUGAAUUGUAGAGUUUUAAUCAUAGCCUUCCUGUGGAGCCAGUUAAUACUUCAAACUUCAAUUUUACGGGCGAUUGAACUAAGCAUGUUCCUGACAGAAUUGAUGUAUGUAUUAAUUUCCUUUAACUGUUGAUUAAUUAGGCUGCGCUGAAGGCUCAAAUGGAACGGUUUGCUGGGGAAUUUGCAUAUUAAUCAAAUUCUAGUUGAUCAUUCAAAUAAUCUAGGCUAUGUGAGCUUAGGAGCUUGAAAACAUAUAAAACCAGCAAACUGUAUAUUUGACUCAGGCUUGGGUGAUUUGAGAUUGAAAGAGGAGAGAGAAAGAUGCAGGCUGGCUUUUGUGUGUUGAACACUUUGCUCUUUUAAUUUGAAAAAUAAAUAAAGGCACUGACAUUGAAGGA